AUGUGUCUCAUUUUACACCCGGAGUGUGGCCUCCAACCAUCUUAUGAGUCCUUCCUGAAGAAUGGAAAAAGUCACAACAAGGCUGGGGAGUGCCCAUGCCAUGUGAGCAUCCAGAGCAAGGGGAAACAUGUCUGUGGAGGCAGCAUAAUCAGCACAUCAUGGGUUCUAACUGCAGCCCCUUGCUUUGCAGAAGAGCUGACACCAAGUCUCACUGUUGUGGUGGAGGAAAUUGACUUCAGCCUCCCACUGGAAGAGCAUCAGCUGGACAGAUUGAUCCCAGAAAACUUUGACCAAAUAAGCAUGGCAAAUCACAUCACUUUGAUCCUGCUCAGGUCUCCCAUCAAGUCCAGCAAUGAGGAAAUCCCUCUCUGCUUGCCCUUCAUCUAUGACAUUAAUACAUGGCAACACUGCUGGGUUGCUGGAUGGGGAACCACAGCUGCAGCACCAAGAUCCCACUUGCUGCAGAAAGCACAAAUGAAGCUCAUCAGCAGGGAGCAGAUCCUGCAGCAGAUCCUGCAGCUAGAGGAGAAUGUGCUGUGUGCUGAGCUGGAGAAAGGAGAAAGAGGAACCUGGCAGGUCAACAGUGGGAGACCUCUGGUUUGCAGCUACUGCAACACCAUGAAGUGGUUUCAGAUUGGCACUGACAGCUGGGGAGAGGGUUGUGUGGAGAAGCUGCACCAUGAGAUCUUUGCAUCUCUUUACAGCUACAAUGGUUGAAUUGAGUCCAAGACAGCCAAAACAGGGAAACCUUUCUUCACUGAAGGCAGGAUAACUGUGCCAAUGCUGGGUGGCCAAGGACUCAAACUAAAAGUGAUGCUAGAUGGAGCAGAGGACUUUGCUAGGAUGGAAGGGGGCUCAGAAGUGAUGAAGCAGCUCAAAGGCACUGGGAAGCUGGAGAAACCUCCAGUCAUCAGAGUGUCACUGCCCCAGCCAUGCUCACAGAAAGCACUGAAGAGGCGGAGUGGGAAGCUGGAUCUGGAUGAGUGA